AUGUCAGACAACAGCAAUAAGAAGGGCGGCAGCACCAAGCUGGCCAGCCUCACUGCUCGCGAGCUGGAGUUGGCUGGACUCGUUUUCCAGUGCUUUGAUGGCGCCUUUCCCAAGAUCAACUACGAGAAGUUGGCCGAUAUCGCCGGCUUCAAGAAUGCGCAGUCUGCCUCCGCCUGCUGGGGCCCGGUGAAAAAGAAGCUGAUGGCUCUUGGCCAGGCUGCUGCGAAGGACGCGAGCAACGGCGAUCAGGACGGCGCCGACACCGGCGGCCUGACUCCUUCCAAGGCGAAGGCGUCUCCCCGAAAGCGCAAGACCAAGGCUGAGAACGACGAGAACGGCGAUGCUUCUUCUCCCGCUACCAAGAAACCUCGUGCUAAGAAAGCUGCUAAAGCUACUAAGGCACCUGUCGACAAUCAGGACAACGACGAGGAUGACAAUGAGGUGGUCAAGGAUGAGGAGCAGGGCCCGGAUGGCGCUGUCUAA